UAACAAUUAACAUAAAGAGGGAAGUGUAUACCUAAACUAUGGUAUUACGUAUCAUAGGCUCUUGGAAAGAUUUUAUCUCUUUUGAAAUACACCUUUAUUUCUUUUUUUAUUAACUACUUGCAGGUGCUGCUUCUGUAGCUCCAGUUGUUGCGGCAGAUGGAAGGGAUAGUGCUGCUGACGAAGAAGCACGUCGCCGCGCUGCUGAGGCAGCAAGAAGGGCCAAGAGAAAGAGUGCCGGUGAUACCGAUGCCGACGAAGCGGAGCGGCAGGCUGCGAUGGAUAUUCUGCACAGGCAACUACAGGCCAAGGGCGCCGAGACGUUCUACAAACAUUCUCACUCCGAACUCUCGCACAAGGCCGCCUCGGAUUGGUUGAAGAGUCCAUCCACAGUGCACCAAUCUGUGAAGGAAUCUGGUGAUACGUCGCGUUUGGCCAACAAGUUUGAGCGGAAGCUGGACACGCUUGUCAGUAUCAGUACUCCGGCUCAGCUGCAAGAUACCAUGCAAGAUGUUGUUAUUGAAGCUUCACAUGGUCUUGCCGAAUUCUUUGUUGCCGAGAGUUACAAGGCACUUGUGAAGGAUGGACUUAUAUAUGAAAUGCAAAAACAUGGGAACAAUACAUUGAUUGACAAAAGAGACAUAACUGAGACUAAUUUCUUUGCUGCACAAAGGUUAAAGAAAAUGAAAGGUUCAAUACCAGCAGCGCCAAAUGUGGAGCCAUCUCGUACUGUUGCUCAUCUGUCUAGAAGAUUGGAGGAAACAAUCCGAUGUCGCGCAAUGCCUCGCAAAUUAAUAGGCACUAUGAAAGAACACAUCCGAAAUACUGCUUACUAUUUGUCCGACAUUGUGGCUACACCAGACCCGAACAUUGAGGCCUACGUGGCGCUCCUGAAAGAGAUGGACACGCAGGGAAGCGCGCUGCUCGUUGAGGGAGCCAUCCCCAAAACGUACAAAGAUUCCGCAGCAUACCUUCGAUUAUUGACAUCGUGUGACGAUCAGAUCAACCUCUCUAACUCUGGUUUGGAAAGCAGUACCUCUAGCAACCUGACUAGAAUAAUGAAUAACGUGCCCGAAAGAGGAUACACUAAAUCCGAUUUAGACGGUGUCAUACGUGCACAAACGAAAUUAUUGGUGUCGUACAUCAUGCUUCAAGAAAAAAGGACGGCUCUGCUAAAGCAAGUUGUAGACCGGCUUGCCUCUGCUCCUGAGGGUCUGCUGCUGCGGCACGGUACCAUUCGCCAGUCCAACGGAGACGGAGCUCGCAUAUUAUCCGGAAAGAAUACCGAUCAGCUAACGGUGACUGGUGCAGAUCCCGUAGUGGAGCGUAAAGUUCAAAUCAAGAUUGUUACUUUGAUGGAAGGAUUAGUACCCGAUAACCAAAAAGAACUCAUGGAUGGUGUAAUUGCUGACGCUACUCGAUAUCUUGCUGUUCAUCUCUUACAACCACAUGUGAUUCAAGUGUGCAAGUGCAUGAAGAGCGUGUUCGUGCAAUGCGAGCUGUGGUGCGACGAGAUCUUCAGGCGCAUGUCGCGCCCGUGCUGUACAUGCUCGCGGCAGCUGGUGAUGGAUGCGUUGUCAGAUCUAGCGCCCGGCGAGCGGCUCCAAUCGACUCAGGGAGAUCGCGCCUACGCGCCUGGUAUCGAUAUCACCGUCAGGCCGUGUUCACGGACCUGCACUCGCGGGUCGCCCUGCCCCGCGCCCGCCCCCACCGAGGGCUGCCAGACCUCCUACAUGCUCUACUCCACCAAAUACAACCGCCAGCGCCAGUAUCUCGACUCGCCGACCAAACUCGCACGCUCGUCCGUCUACGACACCACCAUCCAGCCUUCUUCCACCAUCAGCCACUUGUCCCUCGCAGGGUCAAAUCAAUAUUCUUCAUCUCGAUCUUCUGGAGAACAUACUAUAUCUGAAUCUAUACAACCCUCAAGCUCAUGCUUUUUACCCCAAUCGAUUCAAAACAAAAAUUCGAACUCUGAGUUCAUGUCUAAUUCCUUAUCUUACCAUACACCGUCACCGUCUACUGACAAAUCUGGUGCUUGUGCCUUGGAAGGGACCAGGUCACCACCGGGCUUUGGUUGGAGAGCACCUAUUUCGUUAUGUAUGCAAACUAGUCCAUCAAUUUCACGACCAAUCUCAGAGACGCGAUAUACUGGCAGGACAAGUCCGGAUUCAUAUGUUUCAGGCAUACCGGUGAUCUCAACCGACCAAAUGGGCGACUGGCACGCCAUGAUGGUGAGCCUGACGUGGAAUGUGCAAGCCUGGCGCAAGUGGAUACAAGAGACCGUAGACCGCGCGCUGUCUUAUCAGCACAGCAGUCACAGUCAUUUGACAGAUAAAUCUGCAGAAUCAUGGAAUGCUUUUCGGAGAAAAAUAGCAACGGAGGCCCUACAAUGGCGCCAGUACAAUAUUUUCAGUCGCCAGUUGAUUCUACGACUCGCUCUCCGGUACCAGGAUAAAAAGAUCGUCUCCCCGACCAGAGGGUCUGUUAAGAAUAAAAUUUACAUGGACUGUCAAAACGAAAUGUUGCAAGUUAUCGAUAUGUUCAACAAAUGGACCCACUUUAUAUCUGUCAUAGUAAAGGAGACCGAUUCAUUACGACCGCCGUCACCUACUACGGACUCUCAGGAACAUGAUUUGCGAUGGAAUUAUUUCAAAAGUAAAGUGGAGGAAUGUGCAGAAGAUUGGAAAAACUACAAUACGCAAAUAAUUAAAUUAAAUUGGGAAAACCAAUUCAUGGGACUCAUUCCAGAAUGGAUAUCACUGUGGAAAGCAGGCGGGCCAGUGUGGGUGGUGAGCGCGUGUGGCGCGGUGCCGAGCGGCGCGGUGGCGGCCGGCGCGGCGGGCGAGGCCACCUGGGUCGCGCGCACCACCCACCGCGGCCGCGUGCUGCCCGCCGCCCUGCGGCCCUCCAAGCACUGCUGCGUCCUGUACGCGCAGGGCUCCGUGCACCACUACACCAAGUACCAGGUACGUGAGCCAUGCGGGUCACACCACCCACCGCGGCCGCGUGCUGCCCGCCGCCCUGCGGCCCUCCAAGCACUGCUGCGUCCUGUACGCGCAGGGCUCCGUGCACCACUACACCAAGUACCAGGUACGUGAGCCAUGCGGGUCACAC